AUGGCUUCUCCUGAUGUGUUCUUGUCGUCCCCUCCGCGAGGAUCUAGGCAACAUGUCAACAUGAUCCCGACCUCAUCGCCGGAUAUGCCUCCUCUCCAGGAGCUGCUGUCACAGAAGCCAAAAAAGCCGACAAUUCGAAGUGGGAGCAAGGCGGUCCCUAUUCCCGACGAUGCGAAGUCGACAUUUACAAGCGCGCGCGAGCUUUGGAAGUCUGCUCAGUCUGUGGAGGUCAAUCUUUUGAGCCCUUCCGUUGCGCAAGAGAGCAUCGUUCUGCUGGACGAUAUCGAGACCGCAAUGCCCGCACCGGAAGAUGCUUGUCAGAUCAAAUCGCCAUCACGAAAGUCCAGUAAAUCGAUAAUGAGCAACCAUAAGUGUAGAUCGGGGGGAUCUGACCUUGGCGACGAGGUCGGAGUGUCAACCCAACCGUGGAAGAAGUACAAGUCAAAGACACCAGAGAAGGAUGUGGGACGGCGUAGUAUUUCUCCAGACAGAGACAAUCUAGGACUGGCCUCAGACCAGACGACAGCAGAGAACAAGCCUCGUGAGACGACUCCAGUGGGAGAUUUGCCAAAAAUCAGACCCGAGGACGGCACGAAGUGGAAUGAGAGAGAAUCGCUGUUGCUGGAGCCUGCAAUGGUUCGGAGGAAAAACUGGACACCGCCCACAAAGAGUGCGACCAUAAUUCUCGAUUCCGAAGCAUCGACCAUUGGGGAAGAUGCAGUUGCGGCUGAUCAAGAUGGCGAAGCCAAAUCGUUUGGUAGUUUGCUUUCCGCCUACAAGUGUUCCGAAUCUUCCACCCACGACAAUGCUGCAUAUCAGAGCGACGGAUCGGCUGGAACGAAAAGAAAGGUAGCUGACCAACGAGUGGAUUCUGUAGUUAUCUCGGUGAACAAUGUGAAUCCUGUCUCUAAACCAAAGGCUCCUCGGAAAAAGCCACGAACCAUUACGGGCCUUGCAACGGCAGCUUAUAGACAACCGACUCAAGCAGAGCUUACCGAUGUGACACAAGAUGGGGUCGCUGUUGGGCAACCUAAGCCAUUGGCCGAGACUUCAAAAAAGCCAAAGGCUCGCAAAAAGCCUACCAAAACCAAGAAGAAACCGGAACCACCGAAACCAGUUUUGUUUUCUCCUGAAACGGCAUUAAAGCAAGUUGCCAAGCAGGAUUUUGUGUUCGGAACCUCGAGCCAAUUGGCCACGGAACAGUCGCCAACGUUUCUAAGAGAGUUGCAAUUAGCGAUGAAAGACUCAAACCAGCUUGAUUAUGUCGACUUUACGACGCCUUUGAAUAGCGACGCAAUUGAGCCACCUGAAGCCCGCCCUAAGCUUUGGGAUGCAGCAGCCAGGGACAUAGAUGGUGAUUUGUUCGAUGUCGAAGUGGUCAACCUUACAGGAAGCAGUCCGAGAUUAGCGAAAACCCCCGGUGAAGCGGAUCCUUUUGGAUAUUUUAAGGGCGACGAUGCUUCAAGUCCAUCCAAUGGUGUUAGCUCAGCUGGAGGUUGUGCCAAAGACGACGGUUCAUUUGUGGACAUAGCAGACAUUCUCCCCCCUGUCUGCUCAAAGCCAACUCACAAGAGUAGCGGAAGGCAGCAGAUUCUCACUGGUGCGGAGGCAGAAGCACAUCAGGCGAGCAAGCUAUCGACGUCUGUUGAGAUUCUAGGCUCACAGCCCAUGCGGGAAAAUGCAAACACGGAACCAUUAGUAGACAAAGGGCAUAAAACCAAGGAUACCGCAAAUUCUAGUCGACCGACAUUUGAACAGUACACUGAUGUUGAACUGUCGAAAAAGAUAUCUCAAUACGGGUUUAAGCCUGUGAAACGACGAUCAGCCAUGAUAGCUCUUCUGGACCAGUGCUGGCGGCAGAUAGGACAUGGCAGCCAGCAGCGGGGAAUGAAGACGACGAGUACUGCGGCGUCCCCCACAAGACGGCCACGGGGACGUCCAAGAAAGAACUCUGUAGACAACACCCAAAUACAAGAACCACCCCCAUCUGCGCAGGCUCCCGAAACUCCAAAACGAGGGAGGGGACGACCGAGAAAGGAUUCCCAGCCAACUCCAACCAAGCCAACGGCAUCAAAACGAAUUACCACGCCAACAAGGAAGAGAUCAACCAAGAGCGAUGCUACUGUACCUCAGAAGGUGCUGGCGGCAAAAGUCAUUGAGAUACCAGAUUCAGAAUCGGAGGUGGCGGAUGCCCUGGGUUCAUCACCGCUAUCAUCGCAAAGCUCAACGUUUUCUUCACCUGAAAAGGUCAACCUGACCAUGUCUGUCGACAACGAUACAGAGCUUUCUCUCACAAUGACCCCGACAGACGCACAAACGCAUUUAUUUACACAUAUUACCAAGGCUGUCACGACUGCGCCGCGGACGACAGAUCCUGCCAACCCGUCUUGGUAUGAAAAGAUUCUCAUGUACGAUCCUAUUGUUUUGGAAGAUUUGGCGUCUUGGCUCAACAGUGGGCAACUCAGUCGGGUUGGAUACGAUGAAGAAGUUAAUCCUGUGGAGCUGAAGAAGUGGUGCGAGUCUAAAAGCAUUUGCUGCCUCUGGAAAAUAAAUUUAAGGGGCAAAGAGAGAAAGCGAUAUUGA